UGGUACGCAAACCCUUGACCACGUCUAAACCGGUUACGCGAUCGACGCAGGAAUUGAUAGUUUCAUAUUUAAAGUGCUUUUAAAAGUGUUUUUAUUUUUAAACGCUCUGCUGUCUUGCAUGCUACUGUAUUUUAUAAGUAAAAAACACGAGUACUCACGUGACAUGUCGCGUCGCUAGUAAAGUGUGACAGACAGCAACAUUAUGUCUGUCUCUGUUUGUGUGAUUUAUUUGAAGUUCAUCAUAUAGACCUAUAUAUAUUUUAUAAAAAAGAUGAUGAUUUUAAUAAUUACUUUACAUGAGUAAAGUAAAAUGCAUCUCUGAGCCGUCGAGCGCCGCACGCAGGCGUGAAGGAUUCUCUUCACUUUGACACGAGCUUCCCCGCGGAACUCAACACACGAAACUGAAGAUGACGUCCGGCAAAAUUCGAUCUACGCGCCGCCUUCGCUCAUGGAUAGUGGAACAGGUGAACAGUGGGAAAUAUCGGGGACUGGAGUGGGACAACCCUGAAAAGACCAUGUUUCGUAUUCCAUGGAAACAUGCUGGAAAACAGGAUUUCCGGAGUGAAGAAGAUGCUGCUAUUUUUAAGGCAUGGGCUGAGUUCAAAGGGAAGCUUGCGGAGAAUGGAAGUUCUGACCCUGCGUCCUGGAAAACUCGACUUCGAUGUGCCCUCAACAAAAGUCCAGAGUUCGGUGAAGUCACUGAGAGGUCACAGCUGGACAUCUCAGAACCUUACAAGGUUUACCGUCUCAUACCGCUAGAAGAACAAGGAGUUGUGAAAGUAAAAAAUGAAGUUGGUCAGAAAUCAGUUAGGAGCACCAGGAGGAGACGCAGCCAAUCCGAGAAUGAAGAACAGAUUGCAUGCAAAAAGAUUAAAGAGGAGCUUGCUACACCCCAGCCAAUCACUACGGAGAUGCCAGCAUUUCCACAUACAGCACAUGAGAUUACACUUCAUGCAGAAGUGGAGACCAUGCCCUCAAAAAGUGACAACAAUAUUCAAUUAAACGUCACCAUCGAGGCGGGGCCUUUGUCAGUAGCAAGUACAGACUUUCAUUCGUUCUCUGUGAGCGUGCAGUACAUCGGUCAGGAGGUUUUGAGGCGAGAGAUCGUGGGUAAAGACGUUCGGAUCGCUUACCUGCCCCCCUCGCCCGUCCCCCCUUCCCAACCGUCUCUGAACGGCACCGGUUUUCCUCGGAUCCCUCUCCCGGACCCUCCCUCGGACAUGACUUCCGACCCUGACCUCGCCCCAGGCAUGCUCGCCCUUUCCAAACUGCUGCCCUUUAUGGAGCGUGGAGUGGUGCUCACCUCGACGCGAGCAGGCAUAUACGCCAAACGGUUCUGUCAGGGCAGAGUGUUCUGGAGAGGACCUCAUAACGUCACAACAGAGCCGUGUAAAAUGGAGCGCGCGGGCGACCCCACCCUACUGUUUAAUAAUGACCUGUUCAGACAGGAGUUGGACUGUUUCCGCCAAGGAGGAGAUCCACCUGAGAGUGACAUUACAUUGUGUUUUGGAGAAGAGCUGCUGGAUGGAGACGAUCUGUCUAAGAAACACAUUAUCAUUAAGAUCAGCCUCCCGUGGGCAAAGUCACAGAUAGGGGAGAUCCAGGCCAUAAGAGACAUUAUAAGCUUGGCCAGCCAAUCAUCUACAGGAGAGGUUACGCUCAAUAUUGUUGAUGUAUUAGAACAACACAUAACAAACCCCUGAGAAAAGAGUUUGCUCUGUAAACAAAGGCCAAAUAACGACAACAGAACAGGAUUAUCUAUGACUUUACAAUAUAUAUAUGUAACCAUAAGUAGUUAAUGGAAAUAAAUGUCAUUAUCAUCAGCAGUCAGUUGAAUUAUACUUCUAUAGCUGUCAGCUUUUAAAAAUGACGUAAAGCAUCAAGGCACCUGCUCUGUUUUUCUGUCAGUCAGGCAAGUUAUCCUCUUAAUGUGUCAUCCAUUUUAAAUAAUCACUAUAUCAAACUCGUAAUAUGCAUUAAAGACAAACCAUGGUUAACUACAAAUGGAAAGUUAAAUUCUGAUGCUUGUUUUUGUCCAUAAAAUCUAGCCUGUUUACAUAGAGAAUUUAAAGAAAACGCUAAUAUUAUAGGCUUGAGUCGUAUGUAUUUAAUGUUUUUGUAUUAUUUGUACUUCUGUAAGAUGCAUUAAUUAAUGGAAAAUAAACCUGUGUCAUUAUGGUUCUGAUCUUUUGUAAAGAAUAGCUAAAUAUUAAAGGGGACAUUUCAUGAAAA